AUGGAGGCCUCUGGCCGGUGCUCCGUGAGAGAGAGAAUGAAGCUUAAAAGGCUCCUGCUCCGAUAUUACCCACCAGGUAUCAUUUUGGAAUAUGAAAAAGGUGGAGAACUAAAGACCAAAUCCAUAGACUUACUUGAUCUCAGUCCCAAUACAGACGUGAGUGCCUUAGUAGAAGAGAUCCGGAAAGCAGAGCCUCUCAUCACAGCUUCGCGAACAGAUCAAGUCAAACACCUAAUACUGAAAUUACAAGAUAAACUUGGACAGCAGGGUGACCACAAGUUCUAUCUUUUUAAGGUACUCAGAGCACACAUACUACCACUGACUAAUGUUGCAUUUAACAAAUCAGGUUCAUGCUUUAUUACUGGUAGCUAUGACAGAACAUGCAAGCUCUGGGACACUUCAUCUGGGGAGGAGCUGCACACGCUGGAGGGUCACCGGAAUGUGGUGUAUGCCAUAGCAUUCAAUAAUCCUUAUGGUGACAAAAUUGCCACUGGAUCAUUUGAUAAGACCUGCAAACUAUGGAGUGCAGAAACUGGAAAAUGUUAUCAUACUUUUAGAGGCCAUACAGCAGAAAUAGUGUGUUUAUCAUUUAACCCUCAAAGUACAUUGGUAGCUACUGGAAGUAUGGACACAACAGCCAAACUGUGGGACAUUCAGAAUGGAGAGGAAGUUGUCACUUUAAGUGGACAUUCAGCUGAAAUCAUCUCCCUGUCAUUUAACACCACAGGAAACAGAAUUAUCACUGGUUCCUUUGAUCAUACAGUUUCUGUAUGGGAUGUUGAGACUGGAAGGAAGAUAUAUACUUUAAUAGGUCAUCGUGCAGAGAUUAGUAGUGCUUUAUUCAACUGGGAUUGCUCUCUAAUUUUAACUGGAUCUAUGGACAAAACAUGCAUGCUCUGGGAUGUUUUGAAUGGGAAAUGUGUUGCAACUUUAACAGGUCAUGAUGAUGAAAUAUUAGAUAUCUGUUUUGAUUAUACAGGACAGCUUAUUGCAACUGCUUCAGCUGAUGGAACAGCAAGAGUUUUUAGUGCUGCUACAAGAAAAUGUAUUACCAAGUUAGAAGGUCAUGAAGGUGAAAUUUCAAAGAUUUCCUUCAAUCCUCAAGGAAAUCGUCUUCUGACAGGCAGCUCUGAUAAAACAGCUAGAAUAUGGGAUUCUCACACAGGACAGUGCCUCCAGAUUCUAGAGGGCCACACAGAUGAGAUCUUCUCUUGUGCUUUCAACUAUAAAGGCAAUAUAAUCAUUACAGGUAGCAAGGAUAAUACCUGUAGGAUAUGGCGCUGA